AUGCGCAGAGAUAUUGGAGAGCCCCAACAAGGCCAUAUUCCAAAUGAUGGCAAUAACGUUGACAGGAGAACUAUGAAUGGCGCGAAUUCCGUGAGUGGCGUCCAUGAGUCCAUCUCUUCGUCGUCGAAAGACGAGCAUGUUGAUGUUUUGAUCGUUGGUGCUGGGUUUGCUGGCGUCUUCACUGUGAAAGCUGUGGAAGCGGGAUCAGACCUUGGCGGCGUCUGGCAUUGGAACCGCUACCCAGGUGCUCGAGUUGAUUCGCAAUACCCUGUGUAUUGCUACUCGUUGCCUGAAGUUUACGAGGAUUGGAAUUGGACCACCGAGUUUCCGGAUUGGGAGGAGUUACAGCGGUACUUUCAACAUGUUGACAAGAAACUCGGUAUCAAAAAGGACACCGUCUUCAAGACGAAAGUGACCUCUGCCGAUUUCGAUACCACGACAGAUGCGUGGACCAUCAAGUGCGAUACAGGAAAGAUAUAUUAUUCACGAUGCCUGAUCGCAAGUACUGGCUUUGCAGCAAAACGUUACAUCCCCGACUACGAUGGCCUUGACAGUUUCGAGGGCAUUAUGCACCACAGCUCCUUCUGGCCCACCGAACCUAUAAAUGUUAGAGGACUUCGGGUGGGCGUGUUAGGUUCUGGUUCGACAGGCAUCCAGAUCGCUCAAGAGUGGGCAAAGGAAAUUGGUGAAACUGGCGAUCUCAAACUCUUCCAGCGGACACCUAACUUAUGUUGUCCGAUGAGGCAGAAGUCCUUAACUCCGGAACAGCAGACAGAGGAUAAGACAAAAUACCGAGAGUGGUUCAAUCAAAGGUGGAAUAACUAUGGAGGUUUCUUAUACCAAUAUAGGGAUUCCUUGACAUUCGACCAAACCCCAGAGCAAAGGCAGGCUUUGUACGAGGAAUUGUGGACGAUGGGAGGUUUUCGCUUCCUCAUGAACAACUACUUUGAUAUGACGAGAGACGUCAAGGCUAACCGAGAAGCCUAUAAUUUCUGGCGAGACAAGGUUCGUCUUCGCAUUAAAGAUCUGGCAAAAGCCGACCUGCUAGCGCCGAUAGAACCACCGCAUCCCUUCGGUGCCAAGCGCGUCGCGCUCGAACAGGGGUUUUAUGACGAGUUCAACAAGCCCAACGUCAAUGUAUUCGAUAUCAAGACAUACCCUAUUAUACGGUUUGAACCCGAAGGAAUUCGUACCAGCGAUGGAACCCUCCAUAAGCUUGAUGUCAUCGCAAUAGCCACUGGCUUUGAUUCUAUCACGGGUGGUUUGAAGGAUAUUUCUAUUAAAGGGCUCGAUGAGGAACUAUUAUCGUCCAAAUGGGGUAAAGGGACUUGGACAUAUCUCGGAAUGGCAACGGCACGAUUCCUCAAUUUCUUCUUCACCUACGGUCCGCAGGCACCUACGGCGUUCAGUAACGGUCCGGCCUGCAUCGAGCUACAAGCAGACUGGCUCGUGGACCUACUGGUACACAUGCGCGAGAUGGGGUAUCGGCGGGUGGACGCCCAGAAUGAUGCUGAACAGGAAUGGAGAAUCACUGUCAACGACUUGAGUGCCAGGGGUCUACGUCAUACCACCGAUUCAUGGUACAACGGAUCCAACAUCCCCGGAAAGCCAAGAGAGCCCCUCAACUAUGCAGGAGGCCUUCCAUUGUAUCGGAAGACACUUACCGACGUCAAAGACCACAAUUAUAAAGGCUUUGAGAUGCAGUAG